CACUCCUUCCCCAACCGCCAAUCCCCAAUCAGCAAGGAGCUUUACCUACCGUGAAUUUUGCUAUGAAUUCAGCGCAUGAUUUUCUUUAUUCGAGAGAUUCUGCAGCGUGAUCCAUGCAAUUGAACCUGACUUCAUCUUGCUAACGAUUUCGUAAUUCGUAUAGUUAUUUAUAUACUCUUUGAAAUUUCAUUUCUCAAAGGCCAGAAAAUUUGUGGUGGUGCUGAAGAUAAAGUGAGGUUUGCAGCUGAAGAAUAUUUGAAUUUCGUACAAUGGUUUCAACCCAGGAUGGGUUGUCUGGGAGCAGUUCCGCGCCCCAACCUCUGCAGAUUGCAAGGCGCUUGGAGAGUUUCAAAACUACAAUUUUUACCCGAAUGAGCAUUCUUGCUGCCGAGUAUGGUGCUAUUAACCUUGGCCAGGGAUUUCCAAAUUUCGACGGCCCUGAAUUCCUUAAAGAAGCUGCUAUUCAGGCCAUAAGAGAUGGUAAAAAUCAGUAUGCCCGUGGAUGUGGAGUUCCUGAUCUGAACUUAGCCAUUGCAGAACGAUUCAAGAAAGACAGUGGUCUUGUAGUUGAUCCUGAGAAGGAGGUCACUGUAACCACAGGAUGUACAGAAGCAAUAGCUGCAACAAUGCUCGGCCUAAUAAACCCCGGCGAAGAAGUCAUCUUGUUCUCCCCAUUCUAUGACGCCUACCAAGCUUCCCUUUCCAUGGCUGAUGCUGUCGUGAAGUGCAUCCCACUGCGCCCUCCCAACUUUUCAGUCCCCAUUGAUGAGUUGCAAUCCAUUGUGUCGAAAAACACACGAGCUAUCUUCAUCAACACCCCACACAACCCUACUGGAAAGAUGUUCACUCUGGAUGAACUCAAGGCGAUCGCCUCUCUAUGCAUCAAGCAUGACGUGCUGGUUUUCUCGGAUGAAGUCUACCACAAGUUGGCUUUUGAAAUGGAUCAUAUUUCAAUUGCUUCACUUCCCGGCAUGUAUGACCGGACAGUGACCUUUAAUUCUCUCGGGAAGACCUUCUCGCUGACAGGCUGGAAAAUCGGGUGGGCGAUUGCACCUCCACAUUUGACAUGGGGUAUAAGACAGGCGCAUUCAUUCCUUACCUUUUCUUCGACAACUCCCAUGCAGCAUGCAGCUGCAGCUGCUCUCCGGGCACCGGAUUCUUUCUAUGAAGAGCUGAAAAGGGACUAUUUGGCAAAGAAGGUUAUCUUGGAGGAGGGCUUGAAGGCUGUUGGUUUCACUGUCUACCCGUCGAGUGGAACCUUCUUCAUUGUGGUGGAUCACACACCAUUCGGCUUGGAAAACGACGUCGCCUUCUGUGAGUAUCUGAUCAAGGACGUCGGUGUCGCCGCGAUCCCCGCGACGGCAUUUUAUUUGAAUCCAGAACAUGGAAAGAAUCUUGUGAGGUUCACAUUCUGCAAAGAUGAAGACACUCUGCGGAAUGCUGUGGAGAGAAUGAAGGAGAAGCUUUUGAAGAAGAAGAAGACAGCUCAUUGAUGCAACUGUUGUUUUUGGGCUUAUGUGUUGGGCCCAAAUUGAUUUAUGGGCCGGCCCAGUUUGAUUUCUAUCAACCAGUUUGCCUUGGUGUCGAGAGAAUUAGGAAUGUAUUUUAAAGCAAGCAAAUGAAUUUUGUGGAUCAAGUACCGAUCGUUGGAGGCUUUGGAUAAUGAUGAGUGAAUUUGGGAUAAUAUAUAAUAAUAAUAAAAGAUUUACCUUAAGUUAUGAUA